UCUAGGCGUGCGCGACCAACCUGGUUGAGCGAAUGGAAAAGCUCACCCGGGCAGAGCUAGCUCACUACAACUCGUGUUGUACCAAGGUGUCUCUUUUACCUUGCUGAAACUACGCCCGAUGAAAGCUAUAUUGCAGCGAGUUUUGAAUGCUAAAGUAGCUGUUGAUGGAAUUGAAGCCAGCUCCAUUCAGAAAGGUGUGCUUGUAUUUGUUGGGAUAUCUGUUUCUGACACAGAGGAUGAUGCAGAAUACAUAGCAAGAAAAAUUUUAAAUGUACGUCUUUUUGAGGAUGAAAAUCAAAAGAGAUGGGCUAAAAGCACAUCUGAUCUUAAUCUUGAGAUUAUGUGUGUAAGCCAGUUUACAUUGUAUCACAAGCUAAAGGGGAAUAAGCCAGAUUUUCACCAAGCUAUGGGCUCAAAAGAUUCAAAAGUUCUAUAUGGCCGGCUAUUGUCAAUUUUACAGACCAAUUAUAAUCCUUCAUUGAUUAAAGAUGGUGUUUUUGGAGCACAUAUGUGUGUGAUGUUGGAAAAUGAUGGUCCAGUAACCUUGGAAAUUGAUUCAAAUCACAAAUCCUCUACCAAUAUUCUGCCAUCUCAAGUGAAAGUGGAAUGAUCUCGAUUCUUUGAAAUUGGCCAUUAAAACUAACUUUCAAAAACUUAUUUCUUGACUUUCUGAAUUGCUUUUUGCAUAGACAAUGGUUUUAAAAACCCUGAAGUAAAAUCAACAUGUAAAAGAAAUAAAGAAACAAGCUCAAAUAAA